AUGGAUGAAAAAUUCACUCUGGAGAACAAGCUGAACCAGUACCUUAAAAAUGUUCAUCUCCAAACAAAAUCCAAAGAAGAUUUUUAUGCUGCAAAUGGUGGACCUGUAGGACAAUAUGACAUUAUGAACUGGGUGACAUCCAAAGGAACUGUGACCUUUACUGAGAUUGGCAGCUUCUUCCCAUUUGCUCCUCAAGGGCAACAACUAAUAAUAAAAAAAGAUUAUAUCAAAUGGAAUCACAAAUUUAAACAGGCACCAGAAUCCAUAUGCAGUGAGAGCUGCCCCCCAGGAUACAGAAAAGCCCCACAGAAGGGACAGCCUGCCUGCUGCUUCGACUGUAUCUUGUGCUCAAAAGGGGAGUUUAGCAAUGAAACCGAUUCCACAAGCUGUACAGAAUGCCCUGAAGAUAUGUGGGCAAAUGAAAUGCAUGAUGGCUGCAGGGAUAAAACACUGGAGUUUUUGUCAUUUGAAGAGAUCUUAGGUGGCACUUUGGCUGCUUUUUCAAUUGUGGGAUCUCUCCUUCCCCUGAGCAUCCUGUUUAUCUUCUUAAAGAAUGCUGAUACUCCAGUUGUGAAAGCGAAUAACCGGAAUCUCAGUUACACCCUUUUGGUUUCCCUAUUUUUCUGCUAUCUCUGUGCUUUAAUGUUCAUUGGCCGUCCCAUUACUAUAACCUGUAUCCUCAGGCAAUUUAUAUUUGGGAUCAGUUUUGUGAUGUGCAUUUCAUGUGUGUUGGGAAAGACAAUGAUGGUGGUGAUCGCCUUCAACCUCACCCAGCCAAGGAGCAGCAGGAGAAUGUGGUUGAAUUCUCGAGUAACGAACACCCUGGUGCUUGUGUGCACAGCUAUACAAGUGAUUAUAUGUGCUGGGUGGCUUGCACACUCUAGCCCUUUUCAAUACACUGACAAUAAAUCUAAGUCAGGCACCAUUAUUGUGGAAUGUAACAAGGGAUCAUCAAUUGCUUAUUCAUGCACAAUGGGAUAUAUGGGAUCUUUAGCUGCUUUGUGCUUUGUAGUUGCCUAUUUGUCAAGAAAGUUGCCGGGCAGUUUCAAUGAGGCCAAACUGAUCACCUUUAGUAUGCUGAUAUUUGGAGCUGUUUGGAUCUCUUUCAUCCCAGCCUACCUCAGCACCACAGGGAAGUACAUGGUGGCAGUAGAAGUGUUUGCCAUAUUGUCUUCAAGCAGUGGAUUAUUGGCAUGUAUAUUUUUGCCAAAGGUUUAUAUUAUUAUUCUGAGCCCAGAGAUGAAUAAGACAAAAAUAAAAACAACAAAUAAGUUAUGA